GGACCACUAAUGGGCCGUUCAGGCCCACAAUAGCAAGGCCUUAAAUCUGGCAGGCUCUCGAGGCCUCGACACGCCGAAGUCAUCGCCGCCGCCGCCGCCGCCGCCGCCGUCCUCCAUGGCCGACGACCGAGUAGCCGGCGGCGCAAACCUCUCCGCACCGCUGCCUCCUCAACCCCCUUCUCCUUCAGCGGAGCCGAGCAGACCGCCUCUGGAUUCCUCCGCGUUCACGCACACCCCGUUCUACUGCGAAGAAAAUGUUUACUUCCUAUGUAAGGAACUCAUCAGAAGUGGAAUUUCUGAUCCUGGUGGCACCGACCUCUUUGUUGUUUUCAUUUCAAAUGAGGAAAAGAAGGUUCCGCUCUGGUAUCAGAAAGUAAGUCAUAGUGGCGAUGGAUUUGUCCUGUGGGAUUAUCAUGUAAUCUGUUUCCAGUCUAGACGAAGAAAAGGAGAAUUACUUGAUCUUGUUUGGGAUUUGGACUCCAGCCUUCCUUUCCCAUGUUCAUUCAUCCAGUAUGUUUCUGAUGCCAUACGGCCGCUAUCAUUUGGCAAUUCUACCUACAGGAGGCUUUUCCGUGUGAUUCAUGCUCCUGUAUUUCUUCGAUCAUUUGCAUCUGAUAGAAGUCACAUGAAGGAUCAUGCAGGAAAUUGGAUUCAGUUGCCCCCAAAGUAUGAAACAAUUGUUGCAGAAGAUGGAACCACCAAUAAUCUGAAUGAGUACAUCACAAUGUUUAUGGACGAUGUGAAGGACCUGGAAAGUAUGGCUAAUGAUGUCUACUCCAUCAAAAAUGGUGUGGUGAUAAAUGAAACUAUCCUGCCUGAAUUCUUCUCUCGCUUGGCUGGAUGAUUUCCUUAACAGGAGCUAUCUAAUCCCGAAUCAUGAAGCUUUCUGGCUGUCUACUGAGAUUCAUGAACUAAGUCCAAAGUUAAAUGAUGUUGUCCAAGCAAUUGUUAGCUCAAUAUUUGCACAGUUAUUUCUCUUUGCUGGAGUAAAUCACACCUGCAAUGAUCA